UUACCCUCCAGUCAGUUGAUUACAUCAUCGGCCCUGCCUAUACAAGUCAUGAAUUAUUAACUGAGUGUGGAGCGUAAGGAAAAUCCCGUGUUUAAUUCUAUUUUCCUCUCAAAAGUUAACGCUAAGGAUUGCAUCUUUACGCAGAGAAGAAGAAGCUUUUUUUUUUAACCCCCGUUUACGCGGUUACGAUGUCUUUCAUCCCAGGACAGCCAGUCACUGCUGUUGUGGAACGCAUUGAGAUCCAGAAACUGCGUCAUGGUGACAACUUGAUCCUGGGGUUCAGUAUAGGAGGAGGGAUCGAUCAGGACCCGGGACAGAACCCCUUCUCUGAGGAUAAGACUGACAAGGGUAUCUACGUCACCAAGGUGACCCCAGAAGGGCCGGCGGAGGGAGCAGGCCUGGUGAUGGGAGACAAGAUAAUGCAGGUGAACGGCUGGGACAUGACCAUGGUGACCCACGACCAGGCCAGGAAGAGGCUCACCAAAAAGAACGAGGAGGUGGUGAGGCUGCUGGUCACCAGGAAGUCGCUGGAGGACGCUGUCAGACAGUCCAUGAUGCAUUAACCCGCUGCGCCCGGCCACGAUGGUGCCUAUAGCGGGAAUCCAAAGAUCUGUUCCACAGCAGUCCGUAGGGCUGUGCCGCUAUAUUCCGCUCCAACUGUCUGAAUUUGACCUCUGACUAAGCUGCCCCACUGCUCAAUUUGGUGUGUGUGGUUACUCCCACCUGUUCCUACAUACAAAUUACAAACUGAACUACAUGGUAUUUUGGUCUUCCUGUUGUUAGCAACACUAUAUUUGUCGAUGGCCGAUAGAGCCUGAAGUGCUGUAAGUUACGGUGUUUUGGCUUUCCCGGAGUUGUUGUUUCUUUCUUGCCGUCUCAAUGUUGAUAUGUCUUGACACACAAGAACUUUGAUCGGUGGUUCAAAUCGUGAAUUUAGAACGGGCAUUGUAUGUCUGCGUUUAAAGUACAACCGUUUCCUGACCUACCAAAAGGGAAAUUGCCGAUGAUCAAAUCCAAACCUUGUUGUUCAAAUGAAAUCCUUAGUUAUUUUCAUACAAUUUUGUGUGUCUUGUGCAUGUAGCCCGUUAGGAUCUAAUUAACUAAUCGUGUGAUGGUGUUAAUGGAGACGGCAGUUCUUGGGAUAAGUGUUUGUGGUUUACAGUCUUUGGAUUCUCACUGUGGUUUUCCCUUUUUCUUUUUUCUUUUUAAAUAUGCGUUGAUUAUGUGCCAUGAGCAACAGCAUUCAAUGCUUCUCACUGCUAUCGGAUGAGCAUGGUUGGGUACUCUUUUUCUAUGGUUUUGGUGACCUUUAGUAUUUCAAUUUUAUAUAGGUGACAUUAUACCAAAGAAAUAAUGUGUAGCAGAAAUGAAUGCAAUUUUCUUUUCUUUUUUUAUAUGAAUGUUUUACACUUGUGCAACUUAAACCCUUAAGCCACUCCUGCUGACUGAAAGGAGGAAUAUACAUUAUUAGAACACAGCCAUUUCCUGAAAAGAAAUAAAAUGGGUUGCAGGCCAGAGGUGUGACGUGGCGCAUUCCAGAGCGUGCGUGUGAUCGUGGUGUGUUUGGAGAUUCCUCCGGUAACCACCGAAACGCCCUGUGGGAUUCACCGAGGAAGACGAUUGUACAAGUGCCUUUCGUUUCUGUUUGGAGCGAUGUCAGGUGCAGACACUAGCUUGGGUGGAGUGAUUGAGGUUUUAUCUUGAACAAACACGUGUAUGUUGUGUUUAGUUGUACACUGGAGCGGGUCUGGACCAAACUGUGUGGGUUUCACACAUCCGUAGUUAAAGUCAUUUUCGCCUCACGAUAACAUUAAUGAUUUAGCCUCUGCCUACACAACAAACCGUUUCUUUUUCUAUUCCUAAGGAAACAUCCUCAAUUUUUCCACUACUUCUUUCUAGAUGAUGCUGCAGUUGCGUCACUAAUUUUACCCAAGGCCAAUCAUUCGUCAAUAAGCUUGUAUUUAUUUGUUAUUUGUGAUAAUAUACUAAAACUAUAUUGGCAUACAGUUGACCUAGUAUGUGCCUAGUAUACAGUGCCUAGUAUGCAGUAUUCAUUCCUGUUUCACUACAUGAAAGUUCAUUAUAGCAUAAUCUGAGGUUGGCAGUAGUUUCAAUGCUUUUCACAGUUUAUGAAUACUGUUCCAAGAAUACUAAAUUAGCUAGGCUUCAUUUUGAGUCCUUAACAGGGCCCUGCAGCAAACAAUAAACAUGACCACUGUGUUCCUGCACAAAAAUGUUUUUCUUACUCUGUACUGACUUAUUUUAUAUGAAAUAUUCAGAAUUUCUUCUCACUUUUGGAUGCUAGUGACGAUCUUAACAGUUUUUAUGAAACACUAGCAAGUUGGUUUUGUAUACCCUCACGAAUAUGGCACAUUAGUGAAAAUGAUUGUUUUUUUGUUUUUUUUGCAUUAAGGCAAAACUUAUGUAGUAUUAUCUCAGUCAUCAAUUCAGUAGAAAUGUCUUUUCCUUUUUCAUUGCUCAAUGUGUAUUACAAGCAUGAAAUAAAUUUUUUUUGAAAAUUGUAAAUAA